CAGUACUCACAAUACUCGCAGUACUCACAGUACUCACAGUACUCAUAAUACUCACAGUACUCACAGUACUCACCUCUGAGUGUGUAUUAAUGUUGCUUCCUGUCACCAGGUGAACACUCACUCUCUCACACCUUUCCUCCAUUGUUCCCAAACACACCUGAGCUCCUUUUCCCCGCAAGCUUUGUUUGAAGGACCUUCACUUGACAAUGGGCUGUGUCCUGCUCCUGCUCCUGCUCCUGCUCGGGUGUCUCGCUCCCGUGGUCUGGACCUACAGUUCUGGUCAGGUGGCGGACAGCUGUGAGGACCUGCACCCCCGACACUCGGGCUUGAACCCACAAAGGGAUGCGGCACCCUUCAUAGUCACCGCGGAUCCUUUCAGAGAGGAGGUCACAGUUCAGCUUACGGCUCCAGAUUCCAAACCUUUCCUUGGCUUCCUGUUACAAGCACGAGCGUUGGGACAGUCGUCUCCGGUCGGUUCUUUCAGUCUCCUGACAGACCAGGCCCGGCUUCUCAACUGCAGUCAGAAACCUAACUCUGCCGUAUCCCACACCUCCAAAUCUCCAAAAACGUCCAUCAAGGUGAUUUGGACACAGGAACCUUCAGGAAAGGAAAAACAAAUUCAGUUCCAUGCUUCCUUUGUCCAGGAUUACCAAACCUUCUGGGUUGACAUCACAAGUCCAACGCUGACUUUGAGUGAAGAGUCCAGCAUGGCAGCAGGAACAAAUCUAACUCCAUUGUUGCAGUCUGCGACGACAAGUAGUAUCUCCAGUGAAGGGUGUGGCGUCACCAAAGUGUGUUUCCAGCACCCUCCCAACUGUCAGCCUGAAGUCAGCGCCGACUGCUACUUCCUGUCCGCCAUCAAGGUGACCCCCACCGACCGGGCCGUCCGCUUUGAGGUGACGGGCAGGUCAGAUGGUUACAUCUCCUUUGGCUUCUCACACGAUCAGACUAUGGGUGGAGAUGACAUUUACGUGUGUGGCAAAGCAAGUGAUGGCCUGCUGACAUUACAACGUUACUUUUCUAGCGGACGACAACGUCCUCAACUUCUUCCUUUGGGGAAUGUUUCCCAGCACAGAUUGUUGAUGCAGGAAGGAUCCAUCACAUGUUCUUUCACUUCCUUCAACACCAUCCAUGAUGACACCACCUCUAACACCAUCCAUGAUGACACCACCUCUAACACCAUCCAUGAUGACUCCACCUCUAACACCAUCCAUGAUGACACCACCUCUAACACCAUCCAUGAUGACACCACCUCUAACACCAUCCAUGAUGACACCACCUCUAACACCAUCCAUGAUGACACCACCUCUAACACCAUCCAUGAUGACACCACCUCUAACACCAUCCAUGAUGACUCCACCUCUAACACCAUCCAUGAUGACACCACCUCUAACACCAUCCAUGAUGACACCACCUCUAACACCAUCCAUGAUGACACCACCUCUAACACCAUCCAUGAUGACACCACCUCUAACACCAUCCAUGAUGACACCACCUCUAACACCAUCCAUGAUGACUCCACCUCUAACACCAUCCAUGAUGACACCACCUCUAACACCAUCCAUGAUGACACCACCUCUAACACCAUCCAUGAUGACACCACCUCUAACACCAUCCAUGAUGACACCACCUCUAACACCAUCCAUGAUGACUCCACCUCUAACACCAUCUCUAGCUUCUAUCUCAUGUUGGCAUCCGGACCUGUCAACAAUGGACUCAUCCAGCUUCACACUCAGACUUUCAUCAGCUCCCACAAGGUCAACAUUUUUACUCCUCAGCUUGUGUCAACAUCUGGAAUCUCUCCUGUCAUCAAAGCACACGGUGAGACCUGCUUUACCUUACCUGCUCGAGCACUGAUGCUGGUUGGCUGGAUGACCACAGGCUCCCAAGGAAUGCUGGUAGCCAGGUACCUGAAAGGAGUCAGCAGAGGACACAAAGUGUUUGGCAAAGAUGUUUGGUUCCUGGUGCAUGUUACACUGAUGAGUGUCACACUCGCAGCGACUGGAACUGCCUUCAUUCUCUCCUUCUCAUACGCCAAGAACUGGUCUGGGGGGGUCCAUCCAGUUCUGGGCUGCAUGGUGACCACAUUGUGUGUAGUCCAGGUCUUACCUGCUCUGCUGCGCUGCCAAGUCCAACAUCCUCUGAGGGUUGUGUUCAACUGCUUUCAUGCCUCGACAGCAGCACUCAUUAAAGUUCUGGCAGUUGCAGCCAUCUUCACUGGCCUGAAGUUGAUUGACAGCUCUGCCAGCCAAUGGCUGAUGAAGGUGAUGGGCGGGCUGAUGGGCUGGGAGGUGGUCUUCCACACCUUGAUGCAGGUCAACACCUCAUGCAGACUGCACCCGACAGGUAAAUAUCGACUUCCUGUUUGAUCAUGUGACCACAGACUAUCAUAGAGCAAUAAAAAGACUUUAUGAACUUUGAAAUCGUUUUUUAAGUCAUUACAUCCCUCA